AUGGGAUCAGACAGCCGGGAACAGAUUACAUUCGAGCGAGAACAGCCUCUAGCUUCUUCGAAAACGCUCAAAGCAUUCGAAAUGCCAGCAGGAGACCACGCAUUUUUAUUCGAUAUUCCGCUUCCUAGCAAGAUCCUCGAUACAGCCACUGGCGCAAACCAUCAAUAUCACACAUAUCGCGUAGAGGCCAUUGUCGAGCGACGCCUCAAAAGCGAUUUUGUGGUCUCGCAGCCGGUUAGGAUUUACCAGGUUUCUGAUUUGGAGACGAGCUAUUUACGACUACAUUGUCCACUGACUCUCGAGGGCCAUUCCAGUGAAAAUAUUCAGUAUUGCCUCUCCAUCACUGACCGGAACGUUCCCUUUGGUUGCACAUUCCCCGUGGAAUGCUGGUUUGCACCGCUGUUGAAAUACGCCAAGCUCAACACUGUCACAAUCAAAGUCAUUGAGAAACAAACUGCGCGGUUGGAAGCUACUGCUGCAGACUCAGUGCGACACAACAUGCAGUUUAUCACUGCAGCACAAACUCAAACUGUUCUCUCUAAGACCAUUGAUUUCUCUCCAGGCGACGAGUCUCCGGGAGAUGGCUCGGAAAUUGAAUGGCGCUUCACUAUACCCGUUUCUCUGCCACAAAGCCUCGAUUCCUGCUCGCAGAGUAUCUCGACCAGACAUCUCAAGAUUACGCACGAGCUUUCUAUCACUGCUGAGUUCCACGAUGAGGCUGGGGAUGUUACGGCUGUGAUCACGGAAGUUAUGCCAUUUAAGAUUCAUAUGACACCUAAUGUGAUUGGAGAAGAUGCGACCAUUCAUGGGCAAGAUAUCCAACUCAUGCAGGGAAGCCAAAGUCCUCCUCCAGCUUACGGUGAUCGUCUUUCGGACUUGAUAGUGUCGGCAGCUUCUCAACUAAAUAUUUGUGAGCAUUCUAUACCAGCGGAGACGAAUCCUGGGUGUACUUUGAGUGAGCACGAUGCGAAUAUUCACACCAUGGAGCCUGCUCCCCGAUACGAAGAGGUCUUAUAG